UUGAGGCCAUCAUGUCUAAGAUUGCUGUCGUACUGUUUCUUGUGACUCUGAAUAACGUGCCAAUAUUGUGUGAUGAAUGUAAAGAAAGUGGUAGAAAGUUAAGUGCUCUAACCAACACUGUUGACGGUUUGGUAAAAUCGGUGGAAACAUUGUCCUGGCUUGCGCAGUUAAAUGGCGAAACAAUUAACCAAAUAAAUUACAAAACCAAAUUGAUAGAGUACAAUAUUACUGUAGUACAACGAGAUAUCAAAGAGUUAAUAGCCGGGCAGCAAUCUUUACUAGCGAGUCAAAAACUUGUAUUGGAGAGUCUCACGAACAAUAUCAGCAAAAGUAGCUAUGAGUCAUGUCGCCAAGUACCGUCGAAUGUAUCUGGAGUGUAUCAAAUCGAACCGGAGAAGCCAUUCAAGGAGCCGAUGACAGUGCUGUGCGAUCAAGAAUAUGACGCCGGAGGAUGGGUUGUGAUCCAACAUCGCUUCGAUGGCUCUGCAAACUUCUAUCGUAACUGGAAGGAGUACAGGAAUGGAUUCGGCCAACUUGAGGGCGAAUUUUGGUUGGGUCUUGAUCGCAUCCAUCAGCUGACGGCCUCUAAGCCCCACGAACUGGUGAUAUUGCUUGAAGACUUCGAAGGCCGUAAAACCUACGCAAAGUACGAUCUGUUUGAGAUCGGUGGCGAAAGUGAACUGUACGCUCUAAACAACAUUACUGGAUACUCUGGAACUGCUGGGGAUUCCUUAAUUAGUGUUGCUGGAAUGAAAUUUUCUACUCUUGACUCGGACAACGAUACUUGGGAGGGUAGUUGUGCUGUAACAUACAAUGGCGCUUGGUGGUAUUCGGCUUGUCAUAGAAGCAACCUCAAUGGCCGAUAUCUAUGGGGGGAAACAAAAGAAUAUGCUACGGGAAUGGUGUGGUAUUCGCUUCGAGGAUAUUAUUAUUCUUUAAAAUCUUCGAAAAUGAUGAUAAGACCAGUGGCUCAACGGAAAGUGUAACGGUUUUUCGUUCUAAAGUUUUUUUUGUUCUACGCCAGUUUUAUGAGUUAUUUUUUAACACAAAUAAAAUGAUUAUUCUUCAUUCAUCGCA